GGUGAGUAUUUUCCCAGUGUUUGAUGCUGAUUUGUUCGUGCGGUUACGCAGCGGGUUUGGUGUAUGUUGAGAAGAAGGUAGUAGUGUCGUGAUACAAUGGGUUCUAGAUAUGAUAGAGCCAUCACAGUUUUUUCUCCUGAUGGACAUUUGUUGCAAGUGGAAUACGCGCAAGAGGCAGUUAGGAAAGGCUCUACAGCUGUUGGUGUACGUGGAAAGGAUGUUGUUGUUUUGGGAGUAGAAAAAAAGUCUGUUGCGAAGUUGCAGGAGGAACGAACUGUAAGGAAAAUUUGCCUUCUUGAUGACCAUGUUGUUAUGGCAUUUGCAGGUUUGACUGCUGAUGCUAGAAUACUGAUAAACCGAGCCCAGAUUGAGUGCCAGUCUCAUAAGUUGACAGUGGAAGAUCCUGUUACAUUAGAAUAUAUCACUCGCUACAUUGCAGGUUUGAAGCAAAAAUAUACGCAGAGCAAUGGACGACGACCAUUUGGAAUAUCAUGUCUUCUUGCUGGUUUUGACUAUGAUGGAUCGCCGCAUUUGUACCAAACAGAACCAUCGGGCAUUUACUAUGAAUGGAAGGCCAACGCCACUGGUCGUAGUGCUAAGACAGUUAGAGAAUUUUUGGAGAAAUAUUAUACCCCAGAGGUUGUGUCCACAGAAAGAGGCACUGUCAAGUUAGCAAUUAGGGCACUGUUGGAAGUUGUGCAGUCAGGAAGAAAAAAUCUGGAGAUCGCUGUGAUGCAUCAAGGAAAGCCUAUGCAGAUGUUAGAUGCUGACAAAAUAGAAGAAUAUGUGGUGGAAAUUGAAAAAGAAAAGGAAGAAGAAGCUGAGAAAAAGAAGCAAAAGAAGUGAGCUUUAUUUGUUGAAGGGGAAAACCAUCUGUCUCUCAUUUGUGUCUUGAAUUUCAUUUUUGUGUGAAAAUAAAAAAAAACUUGCUUAAUGUU